UUCAGGGUUUCCAGGAGCACAAACUCCAGCUGCAGACAAACAGACACACGUCCACAGGAUUGGAGAUCUCUCAAGACAAACGCUUACAACCACCAUGAAGGCUUUCUGGCUUCUGUUGCUGACAUCCAGCCUCCUCUCCCUGAUGGUCACAGGUGUUGACAGUCACCCCGAUACAGUUCACGCCAGGUUCAAAUGUAUACCAAAAAUAGCAGCCGUUUUUGGCGACAGUUGCCCUUUCUAUGGCAGCGUGGAUGGCCUCUGUAAUAAUACGAAAUCUGUAUGCUGCAUGGUUCCUGUGAGACUGAAUAAUAUAUAGAGCACUGAAGCCAUAUGGAGAACAUUUUACCACUGUUUCAAUAAAGUAAAACUUCCUUUGAAAAAAAAAUGCUUUUGUCAGAAAAAAAA